AUGGAGCCCAUCCGGCUGCCGAGUUUCCUCCACUGCAUCGUGACGCGGAAGUUAUCCGUUGACCUCAGCCGUUCCCCGUACGCGGUGGAAAUCGUGUCGCACGAUGAUGUGGAAGCUCGGAUGAUUCUUCCUCGGAUUGCUCCACUCACCUGGCAGCUGCGGCAACUUGGCUUCAGACUGAAGGACAGGAAAUCUAUGGAUUCCUUGAUGCUUCCACUGGACAUGCUCCUUUUUUUCCAUCUGGUGAAGGGCGGCUCCUGUCGUUUGGCCCAGAGCUUGAUGAACAUCGGCCUCAUAUUCAUGGGCUGUAAGGGUGAAAAGCUUGGUGGCGGCCAUUUGAAUUCGCUCUUCAGAUACUCGCCGUCGCCCCGGCGCUUGCCUGCCAUUUUCGUAGCGGAGGAUCUGUCUUUGCCACUGCCAAGGUGUGCCUCGGGGUAUGGCCUUGAAAGAUCUCCAAGUGACCAGAAGAAGUGA